CAGGGACAAGGCGAAGCGCGGGUCGAGCUCGAUCCUAUCUUCCACCUUCUCCCACGGCCACGGCUCGAGCGUUUGUGCAUCACGAUACUCUCUUUGACCACUCCUUAGCAUAGCGACUUCUCGACUUUGAUAAGAAGAGUAGUGGCGUACGUCUCACGCUCCGUCAUUACAAGGACGCCGUCUGCAUCUUAUUCUUAGUCCCACGCCGCGCACCUGUGGACGUACCCAUCUACUCGAAACGCUCUCCCUUUUAUCCGGAAGAUCAGUCGCCCCACGUAAUACAGCAUUCCCUCAAUCGUUCGCAGGUUGGAGGAAGAAGUCAUGACUAAGCCCAAAAUCUCUGGCCCUUUUGAUGCGCGGCAUGUUGGUGGUGUGAGCAUUCCUGGUGCGACAAUUCCUCUUGUUGGCAUCGACAGGUCAUCUACGAGUACAUUCUGGGAACCGGACGAGCCGCCGUCGCAUACGAACGUCGCUACCGGGAACAUCGAGAUUGUACGAAGAUCGAACACUAUUGCGAGCACGCUGAGCAGGCCCAGCUUGCGCCUCAAGACGUCUAUAUCGAGACUAAGGGCACGGUCAAACUCGAACUCGCCGGAUACGCUUAGGAGGAAGGAGGGAGAGCAAAUGAGAGAGCACGCAGAGACAAUGGGCCAGAGUCUGAGGAAGAAGCCCAGUUCGUCGAGACUGUGGCAGAGGGUCAGGCAGGAGUCACCUCCUAGGCCGCCGAGAGACCCUGUGCGCGAGCAGAAGCGAGAAGAUCCAGAGCACGCCGCGCCACCUCAGCCCGUGGAGAAAGACAUACUGUCCCUCAAACCAACAACCUCAAUAUCCCGCAAACCUUCCCAGCGCGCAACACCCUCUUCCGAGCGUCCCUUGCCUCCACCACUCCCGCCACGCGAACCCCCACCACCUCUUCACCGCCAACCGUCACAUAAGAGAGCGCCUCCUGUACGACCCAAACGCGCAGACUCGGGAACAGCGAUCGACUUCGGUGACGUCCCCGUAGACGAACGACCACGCGGCUUCAAGGAGAUAUUGUCGGUGCAAAGCUUCGCGGAAAGGAUGGCAUUGUACAAGAAGACGAGGGAGUAUUGGGCGCACGCGGAUCACGGGUUAGAUGAGUGGGUGGGAAGGGCCGGUCAGCAGCGUCCGCUGGCCUUGCAAGUGUAAGGUGCCUUCGGUGGGCCAGCGAUGACGGCGCAACUUAGACCUUCGCUGCACGCCACUACACUCAAUAUCCAUUGGAGUCGACUUCUUCACUGCUAAACAUGUUGUUCAUUUAUCCUUUUGCUUUCUCGGAUACCCUGGUCUUUUAGUUUUCUCGACACCGUGCACAG